AUGUCUGCGGAAUUCUUCGCUUUUCUUCUUUUUCUAGCCUUUGCUGGUACGGUUUCGCAAUUCUUUGGAAAACUCAGAUAAAAAUAUGAUUUUUAAAGGAAAUCCGUGUUAUUUUUGUUGAGGUUAGGUGAUUCUAAAACAUUCUACUGUAAGUUAAGCCUCAAAGAAUUCUAAAUUUGAGUAAAACAUUUUCCAACGGCACGAAUUUCACUACAGGCCCUUCGUGCGCUCAAGUAUGGAUGCCCCUUUCUGGCCUGAAACAGGGAAUGUUGCUUCAAAUCGACAAAGUCGGGGCCCACGUCUACAUUUCUUCGACUGACGAUGCAACCGCUUUGAAGGGAAUCAAGUUGAAGAUGGGAACGACGGUGAAAACGUGGGUUUUUCACUUUUUUUUUUCUGAGUAAAACGUGUAUUUUUAUCUACGGAUGGACCCAUAACAAAGCUUGAAGGCCUUUGGACUUUUUCCAAACCAAAAUCCGUUUUGGAAACAAACACGUGCUAUUUCCAUAUUUCUCUGACCUCGCCGGUGAUGGAACAUAGAGACGCAGACAUGCAAUAACUGUCUAGUUGGAAGGACUAAACAAAUUUUUGGACAUAAUUUUUCCCUACAAACCCAAUUUCCAGUGCCUUCGACGUUUCUCAAAACUACACGGACGCUCCAAAUGGGCUGAAAAAGCCUUGGGUGGCUAAUAGUGUCGAUUUUACCGCCGAUAUCGGAACAGUCGAUGUCAAAAAAAUGAAGGGACAUCUCUACAUCACUACUCUGGAACAGGCGAAUGGUAAGCUUAGAAAAAUAAGAAAGGAAGCCGAAAUGUCAAGGCUAAGUGAAUCAUACUGGAAAAGGAAUCAAGGAACCGAUUGAAACUGCAAUUUCAUUCAACUUUCCAGCCACAUUGAUUGAGAUCUGAUUUUUGUAUGACCUCGACCAGAAACAUCUUAUCAAAAAUUACAAUACUUCUAGACCCAAACUUUCUCGUCUACGACGUCGUCUUACAUGCAACUCUUGACUAUUCCGCUCGGAAUGCCAAAACGACGAUAGUUUUUUUAAAUCGUCUCACUGCCAGUACUGAUGUCUCCGCCCCGGAGUACGCCGCUAUCAUUGACCACUACUCCCAAAAAUCUACGGUAUCUAUUUUUUGAUAAGACCAAUCGACCAAUCAAAACAGUAGAUCCUGACAGUCAUCCUAGUACUCAAUAGACCAAACUUCCACUAUGUGAAAAUUAAUGAACUUUAAGAUAUUCAUUCUCGAAAAAUAGCAAGGUUACAAGUUUAGAAGUUCAUUGAGAAGCGCUUUGGCCAUGUUUCAAAAAAUCCUUUGUUAUAGUAAAUCACCUCUCUCCUUGGGAUGAAAAAAUUUAACUCUCAGGCAACUCUAACGAUCCGUUCCGGAGUCCCACAGAAACAGGAAACAGCCGACACGAUCGCCUUCUCCAACCCCGUCACCACCAAGGACUUCACCAAGUAAACUUGAGAACUAUCCGUUGAGAAAUGCUCGUGAUUUCCAGAUUUUUCCCCAAAAUCGAACCUCUCCAAAUCACCUUCCCCGCCUUUUACCUUGUCGUCAAUGGCGGAAUCUCCUUUCAAGCUUGGAACCUCUACCGUAACGGGAACUCAAGUUUAAAUAACUUUUUUGAAGUCUUUAGUUGAUGAAGCGGAACAUAUUCAAGCGACAGGAGAAUCAUGCGGUUUUCUGAUGGGCCAAGGCCGGAUGAAAGAGAAAAAGAUCAUUUUUGAUCCGACGCCAAAUCAGCAAAGAUGGACCGGUGUUAAAGUGAGGAAAAUGUACAAGCUAAAAUCUUAAAUUUCGAAAAAUUGAAAAAUUCAUUCAUAAAUCUCGAUUCAGGCCCAGUCAACGCUAGUCUCGGCCAACAUGAAGUUCAUAUUUGUCGAUACGGACGGAGCUCCGAUGGAAUUCGAGUUAGUUUUUCAAUUUUUCAGAGUAAUAGUUAGCCUACUCUUGAAAAUGGUACUUCGAUUGACAAUUCACCCACUUCAAACUGAUUUAAAUCGCAAAGAAAAUUCAAAUUUACCUAGUCUUUAUCGAUUUCCUCAAAUUCUGUUCAUCGACGCAAGACGAAUCUUGGGACUGCCAAUUUUCAGAAGCUUCUAUUAGUGCUGCUUUUGGGACUGCCAAAUUUUGAAAGUUUCUUUUAGUGCUGCGUUUGGGACUGCUAAAUUUUGAAAGUUUCUUUUAGUGCUGCGUUUGGGACUGCCAAAAUUCGCUCAUUUUCAGCUUCGGGCCAGCUCUCCAACAAACUGUCGACUACUGGGCGACUUUCCAGUCAGAUUACGCUAGACUUACCUUAGAAGAUCCAAACGGACAGUACUUCUUCACCAUCCAGUACUACACUUUUGGUUAGUAUCCCCAAAUCUGAUGAAACUUCAUUUUUCUGAUUUUCAGCAAAAAAUCAAGACGUUGGCGGCAGAACAACAACUUUGGCCACAACAACUAAGUCUUCAUAUAUUCAUCAAAACGCUUUCUGCUUAUUUUUUUAUCAAUUUUAG